AUGAAGGAAAAGGUGCAGAAGUUGGUGCCGGUGCACACCGGUCCCAAGGACAAUGAGCACGGCGUUCCCACGUACUGGUCAAAGAGUGGCCCAACGCUCCAAAAACUCAUCACAACUGUGGCGACGACUGAUUUCCUGCUAUUCGGUUAUGAUCAGGGUGUCAUGGCAGGCAUCAUCUCAUCGCCUGCUUUCGUUUCUGAUUUCCCUGAGGUUGAUGGCGACAGCACAUGGCAAGGUUUCGUCACGUCCAUCUACGCUGUUGGUUGCUUCUUAGGUGCCCUAUUUAUUUUGAGUUUUGGUGACCGACUCGGACGACGAUACUCCAUCUUCCUAGGCGCGAUUAUCAUGAUUAUCGGUGUCAUCAUCCAGAUCGCUUCUGUGCCCCCUAGUGGCGGCGCAACUGCACAAUUUAUUAUAGGUCGAUGUAUCACAGGCAUUGGCAAUGGAAUCAACACGUCGACUGUGCCAACCUAUCAGGCUGAGUGCUCACACGCGAAGAAUCGAGGCAAACUCAUUUGCAUUGAGGGUGGCAACGUCGCCGUUGGUACUUUGAUUGCUUACUGGAUUGACUAUGGAUGCACUUAUGGACCUCACCCAUUCGUAUGGCGAUUCCCGAUUGCUUUCCAAAUUGCCUUCGCUAUCGUCAUCCUCGUUCUUAUGCUCCGCCUACCAGAAUCCCCUCGAUGGUUGUUAUCACACGGUCGAGAGGCAGAGGCUGCUACAGUGAUCGCGGCGCUUGAGAACAAACGCCGUGAUCACGAGGUGGUGGAGAACCAGAUCACUGUCAUCAACGAUGCUAUUCGCGCUGCUGGCAUGGCCAGUGGAAACACUUCAUUCAGAGAGCUCUUUACCAACGGCAAGACUCAGCACUUCCGUCGUCUCUUGCUGGGUGCCGGUUCUCAAAUGAUGCAACAGUUGUCUGGUUGUAACGCUGUUAUCUACUACUUCCCUAUCCUAUUCCAGAGCUCUAUUGGAGUUACUGAGGACCUGGCAUUGCUGCUCGGAGGUGUCAACAUGGUUGUCUACGCAAUUUUCGCCAUGACCUCGUUCUGGUUCGUCGAGCGCAUUGGUCGCCGAAAGCUGUUUUUCAUCGGUACCAUCGGCCAAUGCCUGUCCAUGGUGCUCGUCUUCGGCGCUCUGAUCCCGGGCACUGCUUCAGCUGGAAAGGGUGCAGGUGUCGGUCUCUUCACAUACAUUGCAUUCUUUGGUGCCACUUGGUUGCCCCUCCCUUGGUUGUACCCAGCUGAGAUCAAUCCCCUCAAGACUCGCGCAAAGGCGAACGCCACCUCCACCGUUUCCAAUUGGCUUUGGAAUUUCUUCAUCGUUAUGAUCACUCCGGUGCUCAUCGAUGGUAUUGGAUGGGGUACAUAUUUGUUCUUCGCUGUGUUGAACGCCAUAUUCUUUCCCAUUCUCUACUUCUACUACCCCGAGACUGCUGGUCGCACUUUGGAGGAGAUUGACAUCAUCUUCGCCAAGGGUCAUGAGGAGAAUAUCAGCUAUGUCAAGGCUGCCAAGGAUCUGCCUAUGCUUGAUGAGCAAGAGAUCAGAGAAUAUGCCCAGAAGUAUGGUGUUGGCUCCGAUAUUGAGUCUGACGAUGGAGGUCGGAUCAACAGACCUUCUAACGAGAAGUCCGAGCUCGACAACGUUGACAACGGUAAUGCCUUGAUGGCAUAA